GUGAAGGAUCGCGAGCCGUCACUUGGGCGUGGAGCGAAGGUGGUGCCAGUGUCGCUUGACAAGGUGUACCAGCUAUCAGCCGAGGGGAUUGCAUUCCGCUUCUUGCCUGACCCCACCCAAGUCAAGCACGCCCUUCAGGUCUUGUCAGCAUCUGGAGACACCGCGCGGGCAUUUGACGGAGUUCCCGUCUUUCAGUCGGAGAAUCUCAUCCUUCGCAGCAAGAACAGGCGCUUUUGCCCCGUCUUUUUCAACAAGGAGGAUCUGGAUGCUGCCCUGAAGAAGGCUAUCAAGCAGAAGCAGGCAGUGAACCCCAACAUGCGAGUCACCAACAACAUACAGGUUGGCAGUUUUGAAGAAGUACUCAAAAUGCUUGAG